AUGGCUCAGUAUACAUACGACGAGCAAGGUUUUAACUUUUAUUACUUUCUCAUUUCCGUCUUGUCAUUGGCACUUGUGCCUGUGACAAUUCAAUCCAUCUAUUCAUUAUACAAGUCUGGAAGUGGCAAAAACAAAAAGAUUUGUCUAUGCAGCAUAUGUCAGAAAGAGCGAAAGAAGGCUAGCGUUGCAAAGCCUAGUACCAUCAAGAAAUUGAUUACUAGUCCCAAAUUCCUCUUUCUAGUUAUUGGUUGGGUUGGUGUUGUGCUUUUGACAAUGCAAGUUGCCAAUGCUGAGGUCAAGUCUGUGACAUGGGAUCCUUUUGAAAUUUUGGGUAUCUCAGAGGGCGCUACUGUCGCUGAAAUCAAGAAGCAUUACAAGAAAUUGUCUUUGAUCUACCAUCCUGAUAAAGCAGCACCUGGAGAAGAAGAGAAGAACGAAGAACGUUUCAUUGACAUCACUAAAGCCUACAAAGUCUUGACCGAUGACGAUACUCGCAGAAACUACGAAGAAUAUGGUCACCCUGAUGGUAAGCAAUCCUUCACUAUGGGUGUUGCUCUCCCCAAGGGCCUUGUUGAGGGUAAUGGCAUGUUUGUCUUGGGUUUCUAUGCUCUUGCAUUUGGCUUGGGUUUGCCUUAUUUCAUUGCUCAAUGGUGGUAUAAAUCUCGCCGCUUGACCAAGGACAAGAUCCUGAACCAAACUAUGGGUAUUUUUGUUAAAGGUUUAAAGGAAACCAACGGCUUCAAAGAAAUCGUUGAUGUUUUGGCCGGUGCCAUUGAGUUCAAGGAAACCACCGAUGUUCGUAGCGGUGAAGAAAAGACAUUGAACGCCAUCAAUGGUGCCAUUACUGAGGAAUUAGAAAACAGGUUUGGAGAGAAGUUUGAUCGUCUGACUGAUGCUACUCCUGCCUACCGUCGCAAGGCUCGCACUUUACUCUAUGCUUAUUUCCUCCGUGUCGAUAUCACUGCCAAGGGCGCCUCCAAGUCAUUAAUCAAGGAUCAACAAUUCAUUGUCGACAAAUCAAUCCAUCUUCUCCAAGGUCUCUUGCAAAUCACUACUGUGAAGCAAUGGUUGAGCACUACCUGUGCUAUUAUGGAACUUCAACAGCACUUGUUGCAAGCUACCUAUCCCGGAGAUGACAGUAUCAAGCAAUUGCCUCACAUCACCAAUACCAUGUUGCGUCGUUACAACCGCAAUCACAAGAAGAACAAAAUCAGCACUGUCCAACAAUUAUGUGCCAUGUCUGAGGAUGAACGUAAAAGCUUGCUCAAAUCACUCACCAAUGAAGAGUAUCUUGAUGUCAUGGAAGUUGCCAAUCGCAUCCCCAAAUUGACCGUAGAAAAGGCUGUAUUCAAGGUUAUUGGUGAUAAGAUUAUCACCACUGGUGCCAUUAUUACCUUUAUUUUGAAAUUGAGAAACGGCGAGGUCACUAGCAUUGAAACCACUCAAGAAAAGGCAGUUGAGAAGAAAGACAACACUGAAGAAGAAGAGGACGAAGCCAUUGUUUCCCCUGAAGAUGAAAAGAAGAAGGAUGGUAGAGCUUUACCUAUGGCUCAUGUUCCUUUCUAUCCUGGCGAAAAGAAGCCUUGCUGGUGGAUCUUCUUGGGCGACCCCAAGGUCAACCGUAUCUUGGUUCCCCACAAGAAGGUUACUGACAUCGUCGACGAACAAACCAUCAAGAUUCCGUUCCCUGGCCCACCUAAGCCCGGUGUAUACACAUUCUCCCUUUUUGUUAAAUCUGAUACCUAUGUCGGCACUGAUAUUCUCCAAGACAUCAAAUUGAAGGUGCAAGAUCCUGCUGAUCUUCCUGAGGAGGAGGAAGUAGAUGACAGCAUUUCUGAGCCUGAGGAGGACUCCAUUGCUGGCCAAAUGAAGAUGAUGAGAGAACAAGGUUUUGCUACUGCUUUAGCUGGCGGAGGAGGCAAGGAUAAGAAGGAAAAGGACGAUUCCGACUCUGACUCUUCCUCUGACGAAGGAGAAGACGAUGCUAAUUAUGUCACUGAAUCAGAUUCUGAUGACGAGUAA